UCCUUUGAAAAUUAUUGUGUUUUGACAAAAAAAAUAUAUAAAAUUUUAUUUUGUGACAAAAUUUUUUAACUCAAUCUCCAUGAUGGUUUUGUCUUCUAGGACACUCGAGGAAAUAACUCGACGAAAAGAACGACCAAUAUUCGAUCCGACAUUUGUGAUUGAAAAAUUUAGUCCUUCAUCGACACCAAAUGGAAAAUUCGAUUUGCGUAAACGUUGUGCUCCCGAUCAACCGAUAGAAUUUAUUGAUGCCAAUGUACUUGGAUGCUGGCCAUUGGAGAAUAUUGCUAAGGCAGCAAAGUUAUUGCGGAAACCACCACUUUCAGUUGAAUUUGGUGAUGAACAUGAGAUGAGGCGAGUUUAUUCGUUGAUUUAUGAUGUUUUUCGAUAUAAGGUUGUUCUGAGUAAUGCUCUGACUGAUGUCUCAUUCUUUGCUUACAAUCCUCAGCUUUUGGGUGAUGAAAAUCGUAUUUGGUUGAUGCUCUUCGAAUUAUUUACAAGGCAUUUUCUUAAAAGAAAAUCUGAAGAAAUCGAUCUUCAGAAUAGAUUGUACACAGAAGCUGAAGUUUAUGACAUAGCUGAUUGCCUUUGGAAACAUCGAAUUCGUCUAGCAGCUUCAAUAUCACGAAUGCGAAUACAAAAUGGAGCUUUAGAACUGUCACAAUUAUUGCCAUCGCAUUUACAAAAUGAAAAAGUAGCAAUCGCUGCUGCUAAUCCAAUUGUAAGUGGCUGGAUAAAUCCUUUUAUACUAGAAAAUAAGACAAUUGCUGAAACAUACCUUCAAAAACUUGGACUUUCUGAAGUCAAUCAAGGCGACAAUUUGACUGAACAACCAUUAAAAGAGAAUCAAUACAAAUGGGACAGAAUUUGUCCUUUAUUUCUGUCUAUUCUUCCUCUUGAUAGAAGUGCCUUUGCACAGACUGAUUUUAUACGCAAUCAUUUUCUUAUUAUGCAGGAUCGAACUUUUGCUCUAGCACCAGCGAUAGUUUCCCAACUCCUCGAUCACUACGAAUUAGAUGGCGAUGUAGUGCAAACUCAUGUCUCUUCACCACGUUCAACAGCCUACCUUGCCUCAUUGUUCCGAUCCAUUAAUCGCGUUGGUGACUUUCUCGCCUAUGGUUGUGGUUCAAUGCUGAAAGAAUAUAAAUCAUACAUGGCAACUCUGGGCAUUAGAAAUGUCCGUCUGUUCGCUGAACCAUUUGCAUCGAUUUCGCUUGAAGUUCAAAAAUUCGGAACAGUUGUAGGAGUAUUGGCAACUCCUCCAAACUCAUUUAGUGCUGUCGCCGAUCCAAUCGAUUUGAUUUGUAGUCGUGGAGGUGAUUUAAAUAUGCUUCAAGUUAUGACAGAAUCUGAGAUUGGUGAUGAUGGUAGAAGUCGAGUUGCACAGAUUCUUGAAGAGCAAAGAGAAACUUUGCGACUGGCAAUGUCAAGACCCCAAGUACAAUUUGUGUUGUACCAAACUCAUUCGGUAAUCGAUUGUGAAAAUCGAGAUAUGGUUGAAAAAGCUGUUGAGCAUGUAAAUAAAAAUGCAUUUGAAAAACAUUUACAAUACUAUAAGGAGUUGAAAAGACUUGAGGCUUUAGCUGAAGCUGAACAAGUUAUUAUUCCAGCUUCAGGGAAGUCGUUGUCACCUCGAAAAGGAACUGCUGGUGGUGCGUCAAGUGCAACAACAAAUAAAACUGAUGACACUCCGCAAUCGAAAUUACGAGUUGACAGUCGAGAGAAUUCUUUUCAAUCCGAAGAAACAAUGACAGUUGAUGGAAGUGAAGAUUACUCGCAUAUAAUCAAAGUUCCCAAGACUGAUGAAUUUGAAAUGACAAAAAUUCCCGAUGUUUGUAUAAAUCAGGAUGAUUGUUUGGGUCUUGUUGGCGAGGGUUGUUAUAUUGCCUUGGUUCAAAGGAAAGAAAUAACCCGUCUCGAUGCUAAGUAUUUGAUAAAAAUGGCAGAAGAAAGAGGUUUGUUUGGGAAGUCAGAUCGUGACAAAAGUGCCAAAUCAAAGUCUUCGAAGAAGCCUGACAAAGUCGAGGUCAAAAAGCCUAUUACACUGAAAGUUACUAAAAGCAAAAAGGGUGAACAAGAUGUUUUGAUUCAGCGUCUGAAUCAGCCAACACAUGCCAGUUGGAUAAGGUCAAAUGUCAGAAAAGUGUCUACUGUUAAGUCCAGAAGUCUAACAUUUAAUUUAACGAAACGUCAAUGCACACGGCAUUCAAAACUUCAUCGUGAGAGUUCUUAUGAGUCAAGUUCCUUGUCCAGUGGAGAUUCUCGAGCCAAGCAAUGGUGGACAACAACAAUUAAAUAUGUACAAAUUCUUCAAAAACGUUUUAAGAAACGAAAUAAACUAAUUCUAGAUGGCAACACUGAUAUUACAAAACUUAUUAAAUAUGCUACAUAUCCACUUUAUUUGCCAUAUCGGGAUCGAAGACCUUUAAUUCCAAAAGAGCCAUAUCCUGUAACAAUGAAUUAUUUGGACUUUGAUGAAUAUAGUCAAGAUUUUAGUUGCAGUGAUUUCAGUUUAUCAUUUCAAAAUUUGGAUGAAUUUGAAAAACCGAAAAAACUGAAAAAAUCAUUAUCGAUAAGAACACGUCCAUUAGGUGCACUUUGUUUGACAUAUGACCCAUUUUUAAUUUGAUUAAUGAGUUUGAAGUUAUGAAAUAUUAUUUUCUUUAUUAUUUUAUAUUUUAUACUUAUUUCUUUGAAUUAAUAAAGUUUUGGACGAAAA